GGCACCGUUGUUAAAGCUUCCUAUCACGAGCAUCGGCUGCAGUGCUGUCAAAACAAAGCAGACUCUACCUGGGUGGGAAGGUUGCGACUAAACGAGAACCUCAGCUGUCAGGAAUACCCAGGCAAGAUAUGAUGAGCUGGAGUGCAAUGAGAGCUGUGGAGAAGUAACCGCCAAGUGAGGACCAUGGAAAGGAGCAGCAUCAGGCAGGCAGCAGUUGUGUUCUUGCCAGCCCUCUUCGUGCCGCUGCUCCUGCAUCUGCUGUCUUUGCAAAGAGCACCACCACCCAGACGACUUAUUGUGGGAGUGUUGUCAGCAAGAGAUCACUUGUCUGAGCGCCAAGCAAUAAGGCAAACAUGGGGUUCAGCACUGCAAGGACUGCCAGAUGUAGAGAUGAAAUUUGUACUGGGGGACCAAGAUUGCUCUAUUCCCCCAGCUGAUCGAGUCUCUCCAUAUGGUUGUGAAGUGUGGCAUCUGAAGAAGAGAGACUGGGAAAGUUCUAAGCUAAAACAAUUCUUCAAAAGUCAUUAUAGUCAAUACAAGAAAAAUUUGAGAAGUUUGGAUGAAUGCUAUAUUGGACUUGGAUUCAGAGCUCUUCAUCCAGUCAUUAUUGAGAAAUUCAUGGUACAAAGAGAGAUUUUGAAGGGGUCAAAUAAUACGGUUGUCAUAUUUAGUGACCCGGAAGAAGUGAUUGAGCAAGUCGUAUUAUCACACAGUGUUUGCCAUGAAGAAGGUGACUUAUGCAGCAUCAAGUUAUCAUCUCUCUUACGCCUGCCUAAGGGAUUUGAGGGUGAGCUGAGACUGUUCAGCUUGGAUGAGAAGGAAGAGCUAUGUGGAGAGGAAUUGUAUGACUUCCAUGACACAAAAAAAUGGGUUUGUGAUUGGAAUAACAGUUCAAUUUUAGAAUACAAAUUCCUUCGCACAAGAAAGAACACACUAAUAAAAUGGCACAAGUCCUCCUGUCCUCUAGUAUCAGCAAAGUUUACUAUUCCAGACAAGUCAGCUCUUAAAGAACACAAGGAAACCCAAGCAGAGAGAGCUGAGGAGUGGAAGCAACACUUAGCUGACCUCCAGCUGAAGUUGGAGGAGGAACAAAAUCAUCAUCAUGAUUUAUUAAUACUCCCACAUCUUGAUGUGUAUAAUAACUUGCCAUACAAAGUAAUGGCCUAUUUAAGUUGGACAGCAUACAAGCAAAAUUCUUCCUAUGUGAUGAAGGUUGAUGAUGACACCUUCGUGAAUGUAAAUUUGCUAAACAUGCUCACUGAAGUACAAAGGGAAGAGGACCAAGUGUGGUGGUCACUCUUUCAUCAUCGCCGUUCUGUUCCUGCUUAUGGGAAAUGGGCAGAUUUCACCUACCCAUCUCUUACUUACCCAGCAUUUCCUGCUGGAUCAGGUUAUAUUAUGACAAAGUCCCUGGUCCGUGCUGUGGUGGAUGCACAACACCAUUUGAUACCACAUGGGGGUGAGGAUGUUAGUAUGGGCAUCUGGGUGUCCUCAGUGAGUGCUGGAGCAAGGCAUGUUGAAGUCCCUUGCUGGUUGCCUCAUCUUGACUGCUCAGAAAAUGUUCUUGUUCCUCAGUUGUCAGUCCAACAAAUGGUUGAAGUGUGGCAUAACCAGACAAAUAUCAUUUAAUAACAUAUAUAAGGGAUGUAUUGCUUCCCUUUGAGUCUAGUCAUUUAUCUUAUAUAAAACAAUGUAAGAAAAUAUCUAUCACAACUUAACAAUUCAGGUUUUAUCCAUAUCUGUGGUAUGCCUGACUCCAGCUGGUGGAUGAAAAGCUGAAAGUAGUAAUGUGAUGAGUGAGAGCAAGGCAUGUUGGGUGUGUAAUGUGAUGGAAAAAAUGUGAUACAGGGACCAAUUGGUUGAUUGAUUUAAAAUUAAGGUACUGCAACAUUGCAGUCAUGUGACACCAUUACAAAAUGUUAAAAACAAUUAAGAUGGUAGGUUAGAAUAUUUAUAUUAACAACAAAAUUGUAGUAUGGUAAAAACGUAAAAAAUCACAAAAAAUGUGAGUAUAUAAUAGGAAAUAAGAUUAAGCAGUAAAAAGUGAAGUGCUUAAAAUUCAGUGAUACAGGGAAGAAUGGCAUCAGUUUUAUAGUGGGGUGUGCUGAAGAGCUUUGUAGUGUGAGGUGAGGGGAUGGUGGGGUGAGGAAAAGAAGGAAAUGAGGAUAUCUGCUGAACAUUUUCUAUUUCUGUUAUGGAAGAACAAGGUUACAGGAUAAGAAAGGAUAAGGCUCCUGCCUGUCCAUCUCCCCUUGCCAACAUGCCAGCAGGAAAGCAUCAUUGUGAAGAAGAGGUCUUAUGCUUGGAUGGAGUCAGCCUCAGGCACCAGAUGGCAGCUUGCAAAACUACACUACAUCUUCAACCUUUUAUCUAUAGUUGUAGUUUCUGCAUUCCUCAUUAAGAUCUGAUGAUCUAUCUUCUGCUCAAACAUAUUUUACCAAGUUAUUUCUAUCCUUUCUCUCCAUGUGCUGAAGUUAAUUCUAACAGGGGUGGAAUACUAAUUAAUCAGAAGAUUAUUUAAAAGGUAAAAUAGACGACUUAUGUUCACACAUGAUUUACUUAUACUUGCUCAAAAACUCUUUCAUAAAUUUACUUCCAUUCACAACAAUUAUGAAACUUGGUGUCCCACCCAUCACACAGUACCUGGGAAAGGAAGAGAUCAUAAUUGGUAUAAUUUUAUGAUCAUAAACUGAAAGUAAAAAAAUAUCACAAUAUGUGUGUAACUUUCUAGAUGAUCAUGUGGAAAGUACACCUUAGAUUAUAUUGAUUACCUGGUUUUAAGUAACUAAUAUAAGCUUGGCUGAAAUGAGCUAUGUACUUGCAUCAAGUACUCCCCUCUCAAUGGAUCUCUGCUUACUAUAAAAUAAUUGAAUUUGGAAAAAAAUUGUCCCUUGAUGUUGCUCUCAGAAAUGGAUUAGUUAAAUGCUGAUUUUCUUAAUGCUUAAAUAAAAACUACAUCAAUAAAA